CUUUUAGUCACGGCGCAAAUGCGCACCGUAGAGAGCGUCUUCAGCGCGCGCUGUCGCACGCAAACCUUCACUUCACUUGUAGUUCGUGUCAGAACGCGCUGGCAGGCAGGUCUAAGGACCCGGGGGAUAUUGGAACCCUCAGCUCGUUCAUUCGCACCCGCUCUCCUCCCCACACACCCUGUCGUAGCAGUACAGAAAGCCAACAAUCAAACAGCUGUCGACUGGCGGCUCGAGUCGCGCGCGCUACAUCACCAAUGCCGGGAAACCGUCAGCUCUCUCGCGCGCGGACGGACAGCGACUAUGUGAAGCAGUGACCGCGAGAAUGGACCAAAGGAACUACUUCGCCGUUCUGCUGCUCGCUUUUCAGGUUCAACUCACAUUUGGAGAGUUCUUUCCAGGCAGCUGUUCGUUUGAAGAGCACUACAGUAAUUGCGGCUACAGCGUGGCGUUGGGGACUAAUGGCUUCGCCUGGGAGCAAGUCAACACCUGGGAGAGACCCUCCAUGGACGCGGCCGUUCCCACAGGUUCCUUCAUGAUGGUGAAUGCUUCGGGUCGUGCAUCAGGUCAGAAGGCCCACCUGCUCCUGCCCACGCUAAAAGAGAAUGACACCCACUGCAUAGACUUCCACUACUCCCUGUCUAGCCGGGAUGGGACGAGUCCCGGAACCCUUAAUGUCUACAUAAAAGUGGAUGGUGGACCACAGGGGAAUCCCAUCUGGAAUGCCUCAGCACCCGUCACUGAAGGCUGGGUGAAGGCUGAACUCGCCAUCAGCACCUUUUGGCCCAACUCCUAUCAGGUUAUUUUUGAGGCUGUGUCUGUACAAGGGCAUCCUGGGUUCAUCGCAGUGGAUGAGAUACACGUUUUGGCCCACCCUUGCCGCAAGACACCACAUUUUCUGCGGCUGCAGAAUGUCGAGGUGAACGUGGGACAGAAUGCCACCUUCCAGUGUAUUGCUGGAGGCAAAUGGUCACAACAUGACAAACUCUGGCUACAGACUAUAUGGAAUGGUAAAGACACGUCUCUCAUGGUGACCCGAGUGGUGAACCAUCGGCGCUUCUCCGCUACCGUUAGCGUAACGGACACGUCACAGCGCAGCACCAGCCGUUACCGCUGUGUCAUUCGUUCUGAUGGAGGAUCUGGAGUUUCAAACUAUGCUGAACUCAGCGUUAAAGCGCCACCCACACCCAUCGCUCCACCUGAGCUUCUUGCAGUUGGUGCCACCUACUUGUGGAUCAAACCAAACGCCAAUUCCAUCAUCGGUGACGGCCCCAUCAUCCUGAAAGAGGUUGAGUACCGCACCACCACUGGAAACUGGGCCGAGACGCAUGUUGUGGAUGCGCCAACGUACAAGCUCUGGCAUUUGGAUCCAGAUGUGGAGUAUGAGAUUAAGGUUCUUCUGACCCGACCUGGGGAAGGUGGCACUGGACCACCGGGACCACCCCUCAUCACUCGGACCAAAUGUGCUGAUCCAGUCAACGGUCCCCAGAACGUGAACGUGGUGGACAUCCGCGCCCGUCAGCUGACCCUGCAGUGGGAGACCUUCGGAUAUGCAGUGACACGCUGCCACAGUUUCAACCUGACCGUCCAGUACCAGUAUGUGUUCAACCAGCAGGAGUUUGCCGCUGAGGAGCUGAUACCGACCUCCUCUCAUUAUACUCUGAGGGGACUCAGGCCUUUCGUGACGGUCAGACUACGGCUGGUGCUGGCCAACCCUGAGGGCAGCAAGGAGAGCGAGGAGAUCGUCAAGCAGACGGAGGAAGACGUUCCUGGCCCCAUUCCUAUGGAGUCCAUCCAGACAGGCCCAUACGAGGAAAAGAUCUUCAUGCAGUGGAAGGCCCCGAAUGAAACUAAUGGAGUCAUUACACUCUAUGAGAUCACCUAUAAGGCUCUUGGCUCCCUGGACCUCAGCGCAGAUUUGACAACACAACGUGGCCGGGUCUUCAAACUCCAAAAUGAGACCCAUCAUCUCUUCGUAGGGUUGUAUCCUGGCACCACAUACUACUUUACUCUGAAAGCCAGCACAAACAAAGGCUUCGGCCCACCCGUGACCACCCGUAUUGCCACCAAAAUUGCAGCUCCAUCCAUGCCUGAAUAUGAGACCGACUCUCCUCUCAAUGAGACGGACACGACAAUCACCGUCCUCUUAAAACCUGCCCAAUCACGAGGGGCCCCUGUCAGUGCUUAUCAAGUGGUGGUUCAAGAGAAACGAAAGCAGAAAGUUCGCCGAGCCACUGAUGUGUUGGAGUGUUUCUCCAUUCCUGUUAGCUUCAGAAACGCCUCCAUCUUGAAUUCACCUCACUAUUUUGCUGCUGAACUCCCCCCUGUUAGCCUUGCUGUAGUACAGCCCUUUACUAUAGGAGACAACAAGACUUAUAAUGGCUACUGGAACGCACCCCUGUCACCAGCCAAAAGCUACAGCAUUUACUUUCAGGCCUUGAGCAAAGCCAACGGGGAAACCAAAAUCAACUGUGUGCGACUGGCUACCAAAGUGGUAAUAGGUAGGGGACAAAAUACCACGCCCUACAUACUUGUCAUUCCCAGUGAAGGUGCAUCUACCCAGAAUUCCAAUGACAUAGAGCCUGAAAAACAGGUGGACAGCACUGUAAAGAUGGCAGGCGUCAUUGCGGGAAUCCUCAUGUUUGUCAUCAUUCUCCUGGGCGUUCUCCUCACCUUCAAACGCAGAAGAAAUGCAUAUUCCUACUCUUAUUACCUGAAACUAGCUAAAAAACAGAAGGAGACAGCCAGCAGCAGCAUGCAGAGAGAGAUGGGGCCCGUAGGCACAGCGGAUAAAAGCACAGGAAAAGUCAGCACGUUACACAAGGAUGAUCCGUUCUCCACCAGCAACCAGGACCUCAACGGAUUCUCCUCCUCUUCUCCAUGCUCCUUCUCCAUCCAGGGUAAAGCCCUCCAGAGUAAAACCCUCCUCAACUCCUACUACUCAGUUUCUAAGGAGCCAGUCCCUGCCACGGCAUCCAUAGAUGGCAGCCACAGUGAGAUGUCCCAGCCCUCGAUGACCAUCCAGACGUACCCAUAUGGAGGCUGUGAGUCGGUGGAGAUGUCCUACCAGGCCGGCCAGUUCCAACCGGCCAUCAGAGUGGCAGACUUGCUCCAACACAUCACCCAGAUGAAGUGUGGGCAGGGUUACGGUUUUAAAGAGGAGUACGAGGGUCUGGCUGAGGGACAAACGGCACCAUGGGAAACUGCCAAGAAGGAUGAAAACCGCAACAAGAAUCGCUACGGCAACAUCAUCGCUUACGAUCACACUCGUGUCCGACUGCAACUGCUGGAGGGAGACCCUCACUCUGACUACAUAAACGCCAACUAUAUAGACGGCUACCACAGACCAAGGCACUACAUAGCCACACAAGGGCCCAUGCAGGAAACUGUGAGGGAUUUCUGGAGGAUGAUUUGGCAAGAGAAUUCUGCCAGUAUCGUCAUGGUAACCAACCUGGUGGAAGUGGGCAGGGUGAAAUGUGUCCGGUAUUGGCCUGAUGAGACCGAGCUGUAUGGAGACAUCAAAGUGACGCUGAUUGAAACGGAGCCUCUUGCAGAAUAUGUGAUCAGGACUUUUACUGUUCAGAAGAAGGGUCACCAUGAGAUUCGAGAAAUCCGGCAGUUCCAUUUCACCAGCUGGCCUGAUCAUGGUGUUCCCUGCUACGCCACAGGCCUGCUGGGCUUCAUCCGCCAGGUCAAGUUCCUCAAUGCUCCAGACGCAGGACCCAUCGUGGUACACUGCAGUGCUGGUGCUGGAAGAACAGGCUGCUUCAUUGCAGUGGACAUUAUGUUGGACAUGGCAGAGAGUGAGGGUGUGGUGGACAUCUUCAACUGCAUCAGAGAGCUGCGCUCACAGAGAGUCAACAUGGUCCAGACGGAGGAGCAGUAUGUGUUUGUGCAUGAUGCCAUACUGGAAGCAUGUUUGUGUGGGAACACGGCUAUCCCAGUGUGUGAAUUCAGAGCCAUCUACUACAACAUCAGCAGACUGGACCCUCAGACCAACUCCAGCCAGAUCAAAGAUGAGUUUCAGACUCUGAAUAUAGUGACACCGCGUGUCCGUCCGGAGGACUGCAGCGUAGGUCUGCUCCCGCGUAACCACGAUAAGAACCGCAGCAUGGACGUCCUCGCGGUGGACCGCUGCCUGCCUUUCCUCAUUUCUGUUGACGGCGAGUCUAGCAAUUACAUCAAUGCAGCACUGAUGGAUAGCCACAAACAGCCGGCGGCGUUCAUCGUAACGCAGCACCCUCUGCCCAACACUGUGGCCGACUUCUGGAGGCUAGUGUUCGACUACAACUGCUCCACUAUUGUGAUGCUGAAUGAAAUGGAUGCUGCACAGCUCUGCAUGCAGUACUGGCCAGAAAAAGGCUCCUGCUGCUACGGCCCCAUUCAGGCUGAAUUCAUCUCCGCUGACAUUGACGAGGACAUUAUCAAUCGCAUUUUUAGGAUCUGUAACAUGGCACGGCCUCAAGACGGCUACCGUCUGGUCCAACAUUUCCAGUAUAUUGGUUGGCCAGCGUACAGAGACACGCCGCUGUCCAAACGCUCCAUUCUGCAGCUGGUCAGACGACUGGCCAAGUGGCAGGAGCAGUAUGACGGAGGAGACGGACGCACGGUGGUCCACUGUCUCCGAUACCUGGUAAAGACGCUGAGGAACAACAAAGCCAACAUGGUGGAGACAAUGGAGCAGUACAAAUUCUGUUACGAGGUGGCUCUGGAGAGCUUGAAUGCCUUCUGAACGUACGAAAGGUGAAGAAGGGGAAAAAAACCAUGCAACGCAAUCUUCUCUUCUUCCUCAGAAUGGCAUCUCAUCGUUCAGUCUUUCCUCUGAGCUUCUGUGAUGAGAAC